AUGCCUAAUCAAUCUUUGACACGAUUGCUGAAAGCCCUUCAUAACCUUUUUUCCUCGUCAGAAAUACCUCAAAAGCUUCCCUCUGAAAUCAAUGAUAAAAUAUCACAAUAUUUGAAAAAUCAUGAUAAUCCAGAUUUUUUUGAGAUCCAAAAGCUGCAGGAACAGCUUCUUGAUCUUUAUCAUAUGAGAGUAGAGCACAAGAAUGUGUCUUUUCAGGGUCUUUUUAUUUGUUGUUUGCAGAAAUUUAGAUCAUUAUUAAUUGGAAAAGAAUAUACAGAAAUAUGGUGGAAUAUUAUUGUUAAACAUGUAUUUAGUUCAUGUCAACAGCAGAGGAAUACGCUUUUGAACGCAGAAAGUAUUCUUUUAAGUAUGAUGGUUUUAGAAGAGGAUACUAAAGAUCGUCUUCAUAAAGAAAAACAGGAGUCUUCAGAAAUGAUAAAGAGAUUUUUAUUUGAAUUUUAUUUAAAUAAUUCUAAAGAGGUGUUUUCAUCUGUUUUAAAAAAUUCUUUUAUCGAAGAUAAAAGACGAUAUAUUUCUGCGAAUAUAGAAUCUAUAUUGAUAGGUUAUGCAAAACAACGAACAAAAGCAUUUUUUAAUGAUAUUGAUGUAUAUUUUGUUCAGAAAAAAUAUAGACUUCAAAUUCUAACUCUACUUUGUGCAUUUGUGAGGUUACAGGGGCCUUAUUUAUAUACUAUUUUUGAAACGCCAUUAUUUGAGAAUUUAUUACAUUGUCUUGAAAAUGAUAGUUCUACAACGGUUAUAUCGCUAUCUCUUACUAUUUUAGUUAUGUUUAUGCCUCAUAUAUGUAAUUUACUUGGGAAAUAUUUACCACGUUUAUUUAAGAUUUAUGUAAGAGUUCUUUGUUGGGAUCGCUUUGGAGCUAUUCAAAAACAUUAUGAUGUUUUAGAUAAUGAACUUGAAAUCAAAAAUCAAGAAGCCCUGCAAAUAUUUAGUCAAUCAAAUAUCGAAUGGGAGAAGCUAGAUUCAUUAUUUGAUAUAUCGCCUACUAUACCGCCUAAUUGUGUUCAGUUUUUCACAUUUAUUUAUGGUUUAUAUCCAUUGAAUUUCUUAAAAUUUCUUCAUAGCGCACAAACUUAUCUUAAGGAAAAAAAGGAUCAAUAUUAUAUGUAUUUUGAUGAUGAUAUGAUAAGGUCUAGGAGCGAGUCUCUUGUUAAAAGACAUAUAAUUCAUCCGAAUCUAUUAUUGUUUACAUUUGAAACAGAAAUAACUGAUCAAACUCGUUGGAUGAAGUUAGAAAUUGCUGAUAUUGUUGCUAAAUGUGUUAGUCUUGAUAUAUUUAAUACUCCACAACUAUCUUCAAGAAAUAUUGAUAGACAAUAUAAACAGAAUGAAAAUAAUUUGUCUGCUUGUUUUAAACCGGCAGAAUCAGAUACGGAACAAUUAAAGGAUUCUAUAUUUGAUAGAAAUCGGAAUCAUUUAAUGUCACAUAUAUUUUUCUCUAAUCCGGAAAAUAUUAUAUCAUCUCAUUUUGACUCAAAUUUAAAUCAAAACAUAGCACCCGUUAAAAUAGAUGAUAUGUUGAAACUAUACGAACAAUUAAAUUCUAAUUCAGAUAUAUUAGCAACAGGUCAAAUAGAUAUGUCAUUAAAUAAUCUUUCUCUAGAAUCAAAAGAAUCUUUAGUUUUGAAAUCAAAAACAGAAAAGUAUGUUAAAGAUUCUGUUUCUUCACCUUUAUUUUCUAAAACGUUGGAAUCUGACGCUACAGUUGCAUCAUUAAAGAGAGAAAUCCUUCUUUUGCAAAAUGAGCUUAAUUUUGAAAAGUAUCUGAAACUUCAGCACUUACAUCAUUUGAGUCGCCUUAAGAGGGAAUAUAUAUUGGAUUUAUCUGUAGAAGCGGAACGACAAAAUUUGUAUAACACGACACGAGCAUUAAAAUCAAGACUUGUUAAUCUCCAGUCAACUCUUGAUAGAUUAAGAUCAGAAGCAAUAACUCGACAAAAUCAAAGAAUUAAACGGGAAACUGAAUUAAAUACAAAAUUGAAGUUAUUACGUGAAGAACAGAAAUGUCUUAAAAGUGAUUAUGAUAUUAUGAGUGAAAAAUUGGAAGAAUCGCAGAAAAAUAUAUCAUAUCUUUCUAUACAAUUACAACAUAGUAAUUCUGAAAGGUUUAAAUUAAAUCAAGAACUUAAAGAAUUGAAAGCAGAACAAUUAAAAAAUAAAAAAAUGGAGGUAUCUGCUUAUGAUAAUAAUGAACAAAAAAAAAUACAUCUUGAAGAAUCGCUUAAGAAAAAAGACGAAUUGUUGGAGAGUGCAGAUAAAACAAUCUUUGUAUUAAAUCAAAGACUUCAACAAAAAGAACAUGAAUAUGAUAUCAUAAAAAGUCAAUAUAAUCUUCUGUUAAUUAAAUCUAUGGAUAUUCCUUUUCACCAUAUAGUUAAUACAGAAAUUGCUGAUUCAAAUACUUUUCAAGAAGAUCGUUCUCUAAAACUAAAUAACAUAUUAUUGGAGGAAUUUAAUCUUCUUGAAAAUGCUCAUCAAAAAUUAUUAUUGGAUUACAGAGCUAUUCAGUCGGAAAUGAUUUCUAAAAACUCUCAAAUAGAAAUUUUGCAACAAAAAAUUGCUCAAUAUCAAUCUCAGAAUAGCUGA